UCAUCAAUUAGUGAAUUACCAAACAUCAAUAACCAGCAGAGGAAGAAAAUUUUAGCAUUUCUACCAAAUUUACAAGAAUAUUUAGCUUAAAACCCACACAAUGGAUUUUCAAAAUCGUGCCGGUGGUAAAACCGGUAGCGGUGGUGUGGCCUCCUGGUCGGAAACCAAUCGUGAUCGCAAGGAACGUUUACGUCAAUUGGCUUUGGAAACCAUAGAUCUCAAUAAAGAUCCCUAUUUCAUGAAAAAUCAUUUGGGUUCCUACGAGUGUAAACUUUGCUUAACCCUACACAACAAUGAAGGCUCCUAUUUGGCCCAUACACAGGGUAAAAAACAUCAAGAAAAUUUGGCUCGUCGUGCUGCCAAAGAAGCCAAAGAGGCUCCCUCCAUGAUGGCCCCCGAAAAACCUCGAGUUGAACCCAAGAAAUUUGUAAAAAUUGGUCGUCCCGGUUAUAGGGUAACCAAACAGCGUGAUCCCAACAAUGGUCAACAGUCUUUACUCUUUCAAAUCGAUUAUCCCGAAAUCACCGAAGGUGUCAUACCCCGCCAUCGUUUUAUGUCAGCUUAUGAGCAAAAAAUCGAACCACCAGAUCGUAAAUGGCAAUAUUUACUCUUUGCUGCUGAGCCUUAUGAAACCAUAGGUUUUAAGGUUCCCUCCCGUGAGGUAGAGAAAACCGAAGGCAAAUUUUGGACUCAUUGGAAUCGUGAUACCAAACAAUUCUUUUUACAAUUUUCCUUUAAAUUGGAACCUAAAAUUCUACCCCCACCACCACCCAAUCUACAUCGUGCUAUGGGUCCUCCUGGUGGCUUUCCUAUGCCUGGUCCUCCACGUCAUAUGUUUAAUGGUGUACCACCACCGCCGCCAAUGGGUGUGCUACCUGUACCACCACCACCCAUGUGAGAAGAGGCAAAUUCUAUUUCCCAAACACAACAGCAGCAACAAAAAACGGGAAAUGGAAAUUAAAUUUAAUUUUUUUAUUAAAAAAUUCAAAAUAAAUUCAUGAAUUCUUUCCGUUUAAAGAAAUAUUUAAGAAAA